GCUACGGAGGUAUUGGGCCGCCGGGACAUCACGUGGACUGGGGCCAGAUAAUGGCGGGCGCUGCAGAAGAUGCGCGAUCGCUUUUUCGGGCUGGGGUCCGCGCGGCUCUGGAGGCCUGGCCGGCCUUGCAGAUCGCUGUGGAGAAUGGCUUCGGGGGUGUGCACAGCCAGGAGAAGGCCGAGUGGCUGAGGGGUACAGUGGAGGAUUACUUCAUGCGCAAUGCCGACUUGGAGCUACAGGAGGUCGAAGACUUCCUUGGGGAGCUGAUGACCAACGAGUUUGAUACAGUUGUGGAAGACGGGAGUCUGCCCCAGGUGAGUCAGCAACUGCGGACCAUGUUCCACGACUUCCAGAGGGGCGAUGGGGCUGCUCUGCGAGAGAUGACCUCCCGGAUUACUCAGAGAAAAUGCAAGGUCACAGCCACCGCACUUAAGGCAGCUAGAGAGACUGACGAGGAUGAAGAUGAUGCGGACAGUGUGGAAGAGAUGGAGGUCACAGCUACAAAUGAUGGGGCUGCUACCGAUGGGGUCUGCCCCCAGCCUGAACCCUCCGAUCCAGAGGCUCAGACUAUUAAGGAAGAGGAUAUAGUGGAAGAUGGCUGGACCAUUGUCCGGAGAAAAAAAUGACUGGCGCUGCUGGAAAUGGCUUUGGGCCCUUGCUUGCUAGCUCUGAGAGUCAUUUGUAGGGUUUCUUUUUUUGAGGACUGCAGACCUGUGGACUGGUUACCCCAUUCCCACCCUGUCCACUGUUCCCCUGUCUAGCUCCCUCCAAGGGAAGGAAAACCUAGGGUCCUUGGUCUUGGUGGUGGGGGGACCUGGUCCAGCACAUUCCCUUGGGCCUUUAGUUAACAUCCAAGUGACGAGGCCAGGUUCCCCAGUACAGUGUCUUUCCGGAAGAUGGGGAUGAGUGAGUGUGGGUGUAGCUGGGGGAGGAGCUAGAUGCCGGCGGACAGUGGGCAGCAGGUGGAUUUGGGGAGGAGAGGACCAGCAGCAGCAGCACUCAGUGAUACGGGGCUGGCUGGGUCAGCAAUGGUGAGAUGAACAUGCAGGUGGAAGAGAGAAUAGUUGAAGACGUGACGGAGAAUAGCUCUGGAGCCUCUCGCUUACCCCACCCCACGCACUCGCAACAGCUCUGUACCCCUGCCCAGAACUUGCAACCUCCCAGGAAUGCUCCCUUCCUUUAGCCCAGCCUCCAGCCCUGGGUUCCCUCAGGAAUUCGAAGACUUUGGCUAGGUGGUAAGCUUGGAAGAGCUGGGCUUUGUUUUCUGUCUCUUCUAACCUCUUUCCUCCUUAUCCCAUCCCAUUUGAGUUCAGGGGUAAGGGUUAAGAUCUUAAUAAAUAAUACCUUACUGUUUAA